UUCAUCGUAUAAAUUGUGAUUUGUGGAGUUUGUUAGGAAUUUAAGAUAUUAGUAUUUGUUAUCAGUUGCCAAAAUUUUGAAAUGCAAGUUCGAACAGAGCUCCAGACUUACUCAUUCAAAAACACUAAAAUAGUCUCUUUGUCUCUCUCCUUCCUCCAUUGCUUCUAGUAUGGAUUUGUCUCCUCCCCAAAUUCUUAUUCAUCAAUCACUUUUUUUUUUCUAGUCUAUCUGGAUCUCGUAAUUUGUUAACAAUCUGAAUCUAAUUUCAACAUUAUCAGGCUUAGGUUACCAAUUGGGGUUAGACUAGGCUUCUGAUCAUGAGUGAUAAGAGAAGAAAAAAAUGAGAUGAGCUGAUCAGGCUUAGAAAAGUGUGUUUAUUGUGUGUGGUCCAGGGCUUUUUUGAUUGAUUAUAGAGAUUGUAUGCUCAGAAAGUUCCCAAAUUGCAAGUUGUUGUAAAGCUGAACGGUUGUGCAUUUGUCAUUGUUUAGUUUUAGGAUUUCAAUGAUUUAUUAGUAUUUGCCGUCUUUUGUCAUUCAAUCUAAUUUCCCUAGUCUCCAUCUUAAUGUUGUGCAAUUGAAGCUGUAAUUUACUUUAUAUUGCUCACUCCUCUUGGUGGUAGUUUAAUCUGUUGCGGAUAGCUUGAGAAAUAAUGUGCAGAGAUUUCUCCUUAGAGCAAUGGCGGCACCAUUUUUCUCAACACCUUUUCAGCCCUAUGUUUAUCAGAGUCCACAAGAUGCAAUCACACCUUUUCAGAUUUUAGGGGGUGAAGCUCAGGUGGUCCAGAUAAUGUUGAAGCCCCAAGAAAAAAUUAUUGCAAAGCCUGGUUCCAUGUGCUUUAUGUCAGGAUCCAUUGAAAUGGAAAAUUCCUAUCUUCCAGAAAAUGAAGUAGGCAUAUGGCAGUGGCUAUUUGGCAAAAACAUAAGUAGCAUCUUUCUUCGAAAUUCUGGACAAAGUGAUGGAUUCGUUGGAAUUGCUGCACCUUAUUUUGCAAGAAUUCUUCCGAUUGAUUUAGCAAGCUUUAAUGGGGAGAUUUUGUGUCAGCCAGAUGCAUUUCUUUGCUCUGUCAAUGAUGUGAAAGUCAACAACACAAUUGAUCAGAGGGGACGUAAUAUUGUUGCUGGUGCUGAGGGAUUUUUGAGGCAGAAGAUAUCAGGUCAAGGGCUUGCAUUCAUACUUGCUGGUGGAUCUGUUCUACAGAAAAAUCUUGAGAGCGGUGAAGUUCUAGCAGUUGAUGUUUCAUGCAUUGUUGCUGUGACAAGUACGGUCAAUGUCCAAAUAAAAUAUAAUGGUCCUCCAAGAAGGACAAUGUUUGGAGGUGAUAAUGCUGUGACAGCUCUUCUCACAGGACCAGGCAUUGUGUUCAUACAAAGUUUACCGUUUCAUAGACUUUCUCAGCGAAUUGCUAGAUCGGUGACAUCUCCAAACAUGAGGGAAAAUCCCAAGUUUUUAAUACAGAUUGCCAUUUUCUUUUUCCUGGCCUAUGUUGUCAUUGUAUCUUCAUUAAUAUUGACAGAUGUAUGAAACUUAGUUAAGCUUUUUCCUUUUUCUUUAUUGUGGUAUUUCAACUUUUAUACCAUUUUAUGAUCAUAGAUACUAGGAAGGUGAGAAGAAGAAAUUUGAAUGUCUUGGAUUUGGUUAACAACAGAGUGCUUGAUGGUUGGAUUUUGACAAAGAAAAUCAUCCAAAUUAUAUCAUUGAUAUCUAUCACAAAAAUGUUUCAUUUUAUCAGAA